UAAUUCUCUCGAACCUCAAAACUUCCACAACAGGCUGGUGUUGUCGGCAGGAUUCCGCGUUUGAGAGUCGACUUCGGGGAUUCCCGGGGAGGCUUGCAGCGCUCGAGCCUUGAAGGCUGUUAACUUCACCUCGACCGCAAAAUUGGCUAUGAGCGUGAGAGGACUCGGGAGUUCACCGUGAGCCGCCUCAACGCUGGAAUCAAAAGUACUUGGAUGUGUGGAAGAUGAUCCUGACCUGGAUGGACCGCCUCCUCGACCACGUCUGGCAGCGGCUGCGUCAUGUCGACAGGUGUGCGCAGAUCCGGAGCCAGCUCGUGUGGAGCCGAAGGAGAGUCCACUGCCUCCACCGAAGGCAGUUAAGGCUGACCCACCCUCUCCACCGAUCGCGGAUCAUACACGCCAGAAAGACAAGCAAAAGGAGACUACGGAUCUUGAACCUGUCAGAGAAGAGGCUUCGAUUCCAGAGGUCAACGAGAAACUUCAGAGUGUGAUUACAAUGCCCAUGGUGGAAGUAGCGGGGCCGGAUGGAGACCCUAUGUUAGUACACCGUCCGUGGACACUAAAGGACAUUGAGCAUGCUCAUGAGCACCUCCCUGACCCGAGAGAAGUGGGGGGGAAAAAGUUUGGUGUGGAGUUGGAACGUUUCUGCAAAGAAUUUCGUCCCACCUCUCUUGAACUGAGGCGCCUGCUGGGAAGAAAACUAGCAUCUGACAUAACGCGGAUUAAGUAUGAAUGGCCGGAUGAAAAUCUGUGCAUGAGACAUCCAGAUCAUGAGAGCGGGAGGAAUGCGACGUACUAUAACUUCGUAACGGAAUUACGUGAAGCGUGUUGUGAGGCUUUUCCAGUGAAGAUGGAUAUGACAAAGAUUGCGCUGUGCAAACAGCAGGACAGCGAGACAGUUGCGCAAUAUCUUCAUCGCCUCACGGAAGUACACAACGCGCACAGCGGCCUUACUGCCCCCGAGAAUAUGAGUGAGGGGGUAGUGACCGCAUACGAGGCGCAUUUGAGAAACAGUUUCAUGAAUGGACUGAUUCCGGAAAUAUCUGACAAGGUGAAAAACCUAUGCAUCACGUGGGACACUGGAAAGCUGAGCCUUAUCGAACAACAUGCUCUGCAUGCGGAAAAGCUGCUCACGCAAGCCAAGCAAGAGCAGGGAAAAAAGAGAGAAGAACAAACACACAAAGUUCAGCUGACGAUGAUGCAAGCCAUGACGAGAUCUCAUACACAAUGGAGAGGGACUUCCACAUAUCGAGGAAGAGGGCGAUAUCGAGGAAGGGGGAGAGGAAGAGGAAGAGCCAGAGGCGGAAAAGAAAAAGGGGGAGAGAGUGGAUGUUUUGUUUGCGGAGGACAAGAUCACUGGGCAAGGGAAUGCCCUAAGAGACAUGAUGAGGAAACUGCAUGACCAUCAACAUCUCAGGUCGAGGAGGUCAGUCCUGAAGGGAUGGCAGGUGAAGGAAGCACUGCCUAAGGUGACGCAAACAGAUCUGCACAGUCUCAAACCAGGUGACUGGGUGGUGGUGAAGGAUUUCAGGAGGAAAAGCUGGAGAGCCAGGCGGUGGCUGGGACCAUUUCAGGUACUUCUGACCACGCAGACUGCGGUGAAGGUUGCAGAGAGAGCAACGUGGAUUCACGUUAGCCACUGUAAGCGGGUUCCUGAGCCAGAGGAAAAACCAACACCCGACAGCUGCAAAGAGGAAUGAGAAGGGGCAUCAGGGCACACGGUGACGUGCUAGUAACCUCUCCCGUGAGCUCCAACUGACUUUCCACGACGCGUAUAGUGUCUGAGUCAGAAGAAAACCCUGAUACAACGCAGCAGC